AUGCUUAGGCUCACAUGCAAUGAAAACGUUGAACAUCAACCACUUCAAGUAGAAGAAUCGGACGUACCAGUUGAUGUCGAGACCGAUCGUUUCGUAUCGGAGACCGAGGUGAACGAGUCGACGAAGUGGGAGCCGACAAAGUUGACGAAAUUGGGGCUGAUGAAUCGGAUGAACUUGGAGCUCUCAAUUCGUCCAUGGAGCGGCUGGGCCUUCAUCUACGGCUUUGUUCUCCUCUUCUUCUUUUUCUAUCGUCAGAUCUCAAUGACCGCGUUAAUUCGAAUGUACGGAACGACCAAAGAAGCAACACUCAGUGUUCUCCUAGGAGCUACAAUGCUUGGAUUUGCUGAGGACUUUGUGUGUGCGACGUACUUGAUCAGUGUUUUGUGGCUGUUUGACAUCCUGAAGCGCUACGUUGGUAGAGAUUUUGGCGACUGGAAAGACAGUGGAACCUCCGUGACAUCCAUCGGCAAUGUGGCAACGUUUGCAGUCUCUUGGCUGCUUUGGAUCACUGUGAUGAUUCCGUUUUCGGUAUAUCUACUACUUGUGCGGGUAAGGGCCAUGCGCUUUACGUUUGCUUUUGUCAAAAUGGCAAUCGAUGAGAAGAAUAGUAUCAGCGCAGUCCCGAUUUCUACUGACGAGGUGAAUCAAGCUUUCUUGCAUAGUGCAGUACUUGUAGUGGCUGCUACAUUGUUUGCGAGUAUGCGGACACUGUACGAAAAGCUCGAAACGAACGAGGACGAAGCUGAUUUGAGCUCGAGGUGCGUGACGUUCAAGAAGAAGAUCGGUAAACCUGUUGAGAAUAUGGAGACGGAGAAGAUGUUGGAUCAGGACAACGCCGAGGUCGACAACAUUUCGUUUACAAGCCAACGUAUUACAAAGAAGUUGCGCUUACAGGAAGGGACUACUGUGAUUGUUGGCCUUUUAGUUAUGUCUGCUAUCGUCGUGGUGGCUAGUAGCGUAAGCUCGCCGCUCAUCGCGUACUUAGCAUUGAAUACUUCGUUGAAUGGAUUGUUUGGCGGAGUUUUGCAACCCACGCUUUUAUACAUGGACGGCACUUUGCCGUCACCCGAGAAAUUUAUCCACACAGCAACCGAGGACUAUACGUUGUUUGGCAGCAACUCAUUGUAUCGACAAACUACAGGGUUUCACGGAGAACUUGCAUUCGAUGUCACCGUGACUCCGAACGACCCGCCUAACGUGUUACUGAUUGUAGUCGAGUCGUUCAGACACCAUGAUUCCCACUACCUCGUCGGAGAAGAAGACCCAUCCGAUCUGUUUAAGGGCACAAACCUGACAAUCACCCCAAACUUCGACCGAUGGGCCAAACGUGGCGUGGCGCUUCGUAACCUUUGGUCAAGUUGGCGAACGAGUCGCUCCGUGGAGAGUCUGCUGUUUGCUCAGCUUCCGUAUGAUAGCUCGACCAAGACAGGAACGACCGGAGGUCGGAAAAAAACUAAACUGUUUGGUUUACCACAACUCUUCACGGCAAAAGGGUACGAGACGUUCUUCACCACAGGAUGUAAGACGGACUACGAUAACUGGGAUGUCUUUCUUCCGACACAUGGGUUUGACACUGUUUGGAGCCGCAAUGAGAUGAUAGAAUUGGCAAUGAUCAACUUGGGCAUCAAACCUGACGAGUGGUUUGGCUCCGACCAUCGCGGUCUCGACUGGGGCGUACACGACGAUUUGAGCUUUCAGCUUCUAGGUGAUCUCAUGAUCAACAAGACCAGAGAGCAGAAUAAGCGUGUUGUCGACAAAAAGCCCAAAAAGCCGCUUUUCCUCACGCACUACACCAUUUCCAGCCAUACGGACUAUACGGAGCGACCAAGAUGGUUUGAUGAAGCUGUAAAACCAGAUUUCUCGGCUUUGUACGAGGGGCAGCCGUACGCAGACGUCAUUAAGAACUACUUGGAAAUGCGGUAUUUCACAGACAUGGAGCUGGGAAAUUUUAUGGACCGCAUGGCUAAGCAAGGUAUUCUCAAUGACACCAUCGUCGUCAUUGUAGGCGAUCAUGGACAGGCACCUGAGUUUGGAACCGACGUUCCUGAGGAUCGCGAUGGAUCUGUGACUCGUGUAGCUGGCAGCAUUAUUGCUGAAGGACGACUGGUUGGUGCCGAUGCACUCGUCAUUGACGAUCCUACCGAACAAUACGAUAUCUUGAAUACACUUGCAGACAUCACGGGUGUCCCGAAUGGGGGGUUCAUACAAGAUGGAGUGGGUCGAUCUCUCAAGCGCAAGGUCAAGUUUGGUGAGAGACUUGUCUACAGCAACAACCCGAGCCGGAAGAUGUCAAUUGUGAAUGGCCAUCAACGACUUCGCUACGACCGCGUCACAGAUUCGAUACUACUGUACGACGCCGUCAGGGAUCACGAUAUGACGACUAAUCUUUUUCCAGAGCUUACAGUGAGUGAGAAGGUGAGGUAUAUUUAA